AUGUAUCCAUCUAGUGCAUCUGUGGCACCGAUUGAUGGCAGGAUACCGCCAUUCCCUUUCUCUCUCUCUCUCGCUGUACAGUUAAUGCAACCGCGGACAGUGCGUAAGGUGUGUGCCAGUGUACUCGCCCUGCUCAUCGUGACACAGGCGUCUGCACACUUGGAUCGGCUGCUGUCGCAAGACACACUCGACUACAUUGGUUACUAUGAUAAUUUGAUACUACCGGUACAUCUGCAUGCCCGUCUGGUCAAUUCGCACGUGACCAGAUCUGCUCAGCGGCUGAACCAGUAUGAAGUCGCCGGCCUAGAAGCAGAAAUGGGUCGCCGUAUGCGUGAUUCGCAACAUCUGCUACACGAGUGGACUUCUUGGCUCACAGAAAUCGAGCAAGAACAAUGUCACCUACUUCUGACCUACAAGGCUGCGGCUCAACAAGUUCGCACCCAGAUGGCUGCGAAAAUCAGUCGCAAUCCUGCAUUGAACAAGCUUCAUUUACCAGUCCAUGUGAUUCACAAUGGGCAAGAUGUUCAGCCCAACUCCGCGUUUGUUCAACGAACUAAUUCUCAACACGGCCGCGAUGGGGCUACAAGUCAGGCCACGGAUGCACCGGUGCCCAGACACUGCCGAAUGACACGAUCGGAACGCGAAGCAGAAUUAGCCGAUGCUCGUCGCUUGGAUGUUCCCCACUGCCCACUGGAUGCAAUCGUCCCCCGACUCUUCAAAGAGUAUGUUUCUCUACAGUGA